AUGCCUCCAAUACAGACUGGACGAUGGAGUCGAUUGACUACCAAGAAACGGAAGCUUGAGGUUAUAAUGACUCAUGAUAAUACCAAAAAGAUCGUUAAAAGUCGAUUACAAAAGAAAAAAGAGCUCCUUGGAACUGAGAUAGAGAUGAAAUCAUUGCCCCCUUUCGAUUCCGAGACGUUACAAUUUCUCCAGCUCUUGGACGACGAUAUGCGUCGUUUACCACCUCCUUUACCACUUGUAGAAAGACGUGGUGGUACGAUACGGUCACUGGAAAAACACAUGGUGGAGUUUCAAUUGCCGUUUAAAGAACUCGAGAUCAAAAGUCUUGAAGAACGUCCAUGGGUUCGUCGUCCACCACCUUUUGGCAAAAUCAGUCGCUGUGUUUACGUAUCUACCAAGAUGCCAAUUGCUGACAUUCCUGUUCAUAAAUGUACAUGUUUUCAAGAGACACACAAGUCUAUGACUAAACGUACGACGAUCAUGGCAAGUGUCAAGGCACAAAAGGAACUUGCAGGUAAAGAACGUUGUCCAUUGACACGCUCUAUCGACUUGGAAAAAAAAUUCGAGACAGAGACGAGGGUGUACUGUGGAGAAGGGUGUUACAACCGUAUGCUAUUUAUUAGUUGCUCCGAUGAAACAUGCUCUGCUCCUGAUCCGAACUUAUGUAGUAAUCGGGCUAUUAAAAGAAGAGAACUCAAGUCCGUACGAGUCGAGUACAUUCCCGGUCCUGGAUUUGGACUAGUUGUCAAUGAAGUGAUCCAUGCAGGAGAGUUCAUUAUCGAAUAUGUUGGAGAAGUUAUUGAUGAUGAAGAAUGUGGACGAAGAAUGGUCAAGUACAGGGACAAUGGCGAGGUGAACUUUUACAUGAUGGAACUAGAAAAAAAUACUGUGAUUGAUGCAAAGUACCGAAGCAAUGAGUCGCGGUUUAUUAAUCAUAGUUGUGAUCCCAACAGUGUUACACAGAAGUGGAAUGUGGACGGUAUACAGCGUAUUGGAAUUUUUGCGCGUCGCAAUAUUGUUGUCGACGAAGAGAUCACUAUCGACUACAACUUUUUAUACUUUGGCGAGCCAGCCGAAUGUAAAUGCGGAUCCACUGCUUGCACCGGAAAGAUUGGUCUCAAGCGGUCGAAACUUCCCUUGUAUCCGCGUGCAGUGGGUACGACAAAAGCAAAAAAGCAGGUGUCAUUGGAUGAGGAGCCACCCGAGCUGAAGCGACCAGUACACUUGACCUCCCUUGCACUGCUAAAAAGCUCUCAGCUGGAUGAUAGCUGGUUGGAGUUGUACGGAUUCAAAAAUCGUCGAUUGUUUCUCAGCCACCGAUUGCGCCGGUCCACACAGGUUGACACGGCUGACAUAGUAGACAACAGCGAGGAUCAUUAUAGUCUGUCAUUGAGCAGUCCAGCCUCAAUAUGCUCGACGACGACAGAGGAGGAUGUAUCGCUAACACCGCCACAAACGAUUCAGAGCAACUUUAUCGAAAAGAAGCCACUGAAACGAACCUGGUAUGAAAAGGUUUUAGCGGGGGAGCACCUGCCUAAAAUGAGGGCCCUUCACAGCUACAUCUGCGGAGGCAAGCCUGACUGGACUACAGAUCUUACCAGCGACCUCAGCGCAGAGCUUGCAUUACCUUCACCGGUGAAGAAGAGGGGCCCAGGGCGUCCACCAAAAAAGCGUGGUCGUCCUAAAAAGGUAAUGCCGCUGCUUCUGCGUCCGAAUCGUGCUGUGUUGGGAACAAAGCUUAUCCACAGACGCUUAAGCCUCACUCAAGCACGAGCACGCGGCAUAGGUGAGCUUGCAGCCUUUGCAAAGGGCAAUUCUAAGUGGAACAAACGCAUUCCGUCAUCCAAUACCAUCGACCCCGACCGCAUUAAUCGUCUGAUUAAUCGUGUGAAGGGCAAACAGAUAUUCAUUAACACUGAUCAGAAUGACUUGAACGAAGACGCUUGCUUUCGCUGUGGUCUGGCAGGUGAGCUCAUUUGCUGUGAUGGCUGUCCUGCCGCGCUCCAUCUUAAUUGUACAAACCUUGCUACGGUGCCUCCGGACAAUAUCCCAUGGUUUUGCUCCGAGUGCACGAAACCGAAGCUUCUUCAAAAAGCUUUGGAUAUGUCCGACACUGGGAUCGUCGCUGCUAGAGGUACAAGAAGCAGCCAGCCGGACGUCGCAGGACGCUACCUGCGUACGCACGCAGCGUCACAAGCUCCAAGCCUUAACAAGAUCUUUCACGCUCCAGCACCCCACACCAAGCGCCGUUACAGGAAGAGGCAUAAAAAUGUGGGCCGUUCAUAUCGCGAGCUAGAGCAUAUGCCACUACCCGCAUGGAACGAAAGCGAUGAGAGUGAUACCACGCAAUAG